AUGGCCCGCGACGGGCGCCGGGUGGCUGACAUUAUGGGCCUGGGCAAGCAACUGCUGGGGCAUCGGCAGGUGAUGGCUGGUGUAGGCGAAGUGCUGCACUCAGUGCAGGUGGAGGCUACCUUCCCUGACGGCACUAAGCUCGUCACCAUCCACGACCCCGUGUGCCAGGAGACCGUUGAUUGCACUAUGGCGUUGUACGACUCUUUCCUUCCAGUUCCUCCGGCGAGCAAAUUCCUCCCCUUAGUGAUCGAUAUGUGGGUCGCUGUGGAUGCGAAUGGGAUACCUGAGUCAUGUGAUAGUGUGUUGAGUGUGUAG